UUUAGAAAAAGAAGACGACAAUAGAAAUUUUGGAGGACCUUGACUCCCAAAUAAAAGAAAUUGAACAGUAUGGCCAAACAACAGAACAGAGGCAUAAAAAAAUAGUUGGAACAUUAAUAAUAUACAGUGUGUUACUUUAUGUCGUAACGGCGGUACUGUUUUAUUUUUACUUCUUUCCUGCUUCACUUUACGAUCAACUUUUUUACAUCACUCCAUUAUUAGUUUUUCCAUUGCUGAUAAUAUUUACCAAAAAACUGGUGACGUGGUAUUACAAAAGAAAAAUCUCAAGGAAUCAAGAAAAAUUAGUAGACAUGCAGAAAGAGAAGAAGAAAAUUUUAGAUCAAGUCACUGAGACGGAGACUUAUAAAAAAGCUAAAGAAAUUUUGCUUAAAUUCGCUCCUGAUCAAUUGCGAAUGACACCUCUUUCACCUCAGCCUGUAUCAAAAACACCAAUGACAACCCCAGUACCAAGGCGCCUGAGUACACCACAGCCUCAGACACCGAUGCCUCAGCCAUCGAUGGCCACUCCAAUGCACCAGAUGUCUGACGCAACUGAGCUGCGAAAGCGCGCGUUAGCAGCAACCAGCCCGCAAUUAAAUUCAUCAAUUGGUAGGCCCUUAAAUACUGGUCUUGUACCAGUUGGGUUAGCUUCUGCUAAUACUCCGCAGCAGACUCCAUAUUAUCAUCCGAGUGGUAGAUUGUUAAAUGCUUCGUUAAUCCGUCCUCGGUCACCGUUACCACGUCCGAUACUUCCGAAACAGAGAAGUUAUUUGGAUCGCUUGGUUGAAUAUUUGGUGGGUGAUGGUCCCUCUAAUCGGUACGCGCUGAUAUGUAGGCAGUGUGAUUCACAUAAUGGAAUGGCGCUCAAAGAAGAAUUUGAAUAUUUUGGGUUCCGUUGCUGUUACUGUCAAUACUGGAAUCCAGCACGGAAGCAAAAGCCUUCAGCGCCGAAAUUAGAUGGUGAUAUUACAUCCCCGUUAUCAAUAACCGGCCGCCAAAGCGGCAAGUCAACAGACCACGAAGCGACGUCAUCUAGCUCGUCUGGCACUGACUCCGAUAUUGAAGUCGUUGAUAAGCCAGACACACCAGAAGCAGAAGCCAUUGAGUCUGAUAAAUUAAUUGAUCAGAAGUUAGCCGACAAAGUUUUAAAUGAAGAAAAAAAAGUAAUUGAAGAAUCUGAAGAUAAAUCUGACCAAAUGGAGGUAGACGAAUCUCCACGUAAAUGA